UCGUAUAUAACGGGGGGCGCGCGCCGCGGUCGACGGAUCAGACGUUCAGACGUCGACGGCGACGGUAACACGCACACACACACACACACACACACACGCGCGCGCGCGCGCAAACACCGAACGAAGCACGAUCGAAGCACGCAACGUUCGCCUGCCGACCGCCGACGCGCGCGUCCCACGUACGUUUUUUCGUGUCCCCGGAACGCGACCGACCGCGCCGCAAGUUUACCCCGUCGUCCCUUCGCCCCGACCGCAGGGUCACCGGAACGCGCGCGCGCCCGGACGCGGCCACGUGCCCGCGAUCGCCGCCAACAUGUUCGCCGUGCCCGAGCACCACCCGUCGUUGCUCGCCGGCGCCCUGCUGCUGCUGCCGCCGCUGCUGCUGCUGCUGCUGCUGCUCUACCUGUACGCCACGUGGACCCACGGCCACUGGUCCGCCCUGGGCGUGCCGUGCCCGUCGCCGCCGGUGCCGCUGUUCGGCCACGCGAUGCCGUCCAUGCUCGGCCGCAUGCACUUCAUGGACGUGCUGCACGACCUGUACCGCGCGCUCGGCGACCGCCGCUUCGGCGGCAUCUACACCAUGCGGACGCCGCAGCUGCUGGUCAAGGACCCGGAGCUGAUCGGUGAGUGCGGUGUGACGAUGACCAUCACCGCGAACGGCCGUCCGCGUUUACUAGUCUUACCGGUGUUUUUCAGGUGUCACAUACUGAUCAAAGACUUUAACAACUUCACCGACCGCGGUCUGUACGCCGGCACGCACACGAAUCCGUUGAACAACAACAUAUUCUUCACGCGCGGCGAACGGUGGAAGACGAUGCGCCAGAAGCUCAGCCCCACAUUUACCGCGAACAAGCUGAAGUACAUGAACGAGCAGGUGAAAGAGUGCACAGACAGUCUGCUGUCGACUAUCGGCCGGACGGUGCGCGAGGUGGCCGAUCGGAUCGAGAUCCGCGAUAUGAUGGCCAAGUACUCGACCGACGUGAUCGGUAGCUGCGCGUUCGGGCUCAAGCUGGACGCCAUCAACGACCCGGACUCGGAGUUCCGGAAACACGGGAAGACCGUGUUUCAGCCAUCGCUCCGGUCCAAAAUCCGGGUCGCCGUCAUAUUCAUGCAACCGUCACUGCUCGGCAUUUUCCGGGUGCACCACUACUCGCAUCGCACGAUCACGUUCUUCCGGGAUGCGUUCCGGCAGACCAUCGAGCACCGGCAGAGAACCAACGAGGACCGCAAGGAUUUCGUGCAUCAUCUGAUGAAGGCCCGCGAAGACCUGGUGCUUAACCCCGAUUUGAAGCCCGAAGAAAAAUUCACUGAAAUGGACAUCGUAGCAAAUGCUUACAUUCUUUUUAUCGCUGGAUUUGAAACCGUAUCUACGUCAAUGAGCUUUUGUAUGUACGAGUUGGCUCUUAGAAAAGAUGUUCAGGAUAAAGUCCGAAAAGAAAUAAUGGAAGUCAAAGCUAAACACAAUGGCGAAAUGAAUAGUGAAUGUCUAAACGAACUUCCUUACAUGGGCAUGGUUAUUAAAGAAACGUUGAGAAAAUAUCCUCCGCUGGUGACGCUGAACCGGGUGGUGACCAAGCCGUACGUGUUACCAGGGACGGCGGUCAAGCUGAAAACCGGCACGAAGAUUGUGAUCCCGGUGCACGCCAUCCACUACGACCCGAAGUACUACGCCGACCCGGAAGCUUUUGAACCGGACCGCUUUUCCGACGAGAACGUGCACAACCUGCACCCGAACACUUACAUGCCAUUCGGAGACGGCCCGAGGUUUUGCAUCGGCAAAAGAUUCGCCGAGUUCGAGAUGAAAAUGGCCCUGUCCGAAGUGCUGAUCAACUACGAGGUGACGCCGUGCGAGAAGACCCAGAUACCAAUAAAAUACGUCAUCGGCAGUUUCGUCAACAUACCCGAAAGCAUUUGGUUAAAGUUCAAGAAACUAGACACCUGAUCCCGCGCAUCUUGCACACGAACGUUUUGUUUGUAUCAUAUUUAUACUGUGUAACCACGAGACAAAUGUCCGAUAAAUAAAUCAUACGUGAACUACU